UCUAUCAUCGAUGUUAGGAGGGUGUGUGUUUGAGGUUAAGGUGUUGACAGUAUAGAAGGUUGCAGACAGAAGAAUUUAAUACAUAAGCCAAAACUACCCUGAACACUGAUGUCUAGUGUAUUCGAUAUUAAUGCUGCAAGUGACAGACUUGUACCUGCCAGUACAAUGGAAACAAAAUUUGUUUUCACAUAUCCUUCCUGGACGAUUAAGUUCGAUUACAAGCUUGAAGUGCCAAUUUAUGUCCCAUUUUCGGGGACUGCUGAAGAACUCGGCGAACGAUUAAUGGCAUUCUUCAACUUGCCAAGUAAUGCUGAGGAAGAUCUGACUGCAGCCCUCAAAAUGUUUCUGGAAGAGAAAACACAGAUGUUUUUUGAUAAAAUGGGAGAUAAAGUUGUUACAGUGGCGAAAGAAGGUGACACAGAUGUUGAAGAUGUAAUUAAGACAUGGGAGAAAUCUUUCAAAACAGAGACUGUGGAAUAUUCAGAGCCUGAAGGAGCAACAGAUGAAGAACUGUUUUCUGCUGUCUAUCACAAAUUAGUUCAUUCUCCAGCAUUGGAGCCGAUUUUGCAAGUAGAACAUUCCUAUGCACUUGCUGUUCAUGAACUUACUCUUCAGAGGGAAGAACAAGUUGAAGGUCUAACAACAAUGCAAACUGAAGAAAUGGCUCAGGCUAUAGAAGGAGUUCCUUUUCCAAAUACAGAACAUCAAAUAAAUGAAAUGGCAGCUUCACAUUUUGAAGAGCAGAACCUGUUGCAAGGCAAAUGGAAUAGUGAAAUCGACACACUUAAGGAAGAUCAAAGGAAAGAAUAUCGGGACUGGCUUAUGAAGAUGUUGGAGGACAAUCAAACAAAUGUGAAUGCUCCAAGCAUUGUAAAUACUCCACGUACAUUCAACAAAGGUGUUCAUGAAGAUAAGCUGCCUAUGCCAAGACUAGAGGAAAGUUUCACCAUACACUUAGGCUCGCAGAUGAAACAGAUGCACAAUAUAAGAAUUUUAUCCGCUGAUGUGCUGGAUUUUUGUCGGGUGAAGCUUCAGAGUUCAGGAAAUCUUGAUCCUCAGCCACAGCGCUUGCAGACUGCUCUAGCCCUUUAUUCCAGUGACUUAUGUGGAUUAGUUGUACUGACAGAUAGCCAUAUUGGAGCGUUCACAGGAUUAACUAAAGAGCUCACUGGGGUCUGCCAGCAGUCAACAGAUUUCCAUUUUCCAUCAGUGGAUGAGCAGCUAGAGAAAAUAAAGGAAGAAGUUAAAGAAGUUGUAUCUUGGCGUAAUGCGCAUUGGAGUCAUGAUCACUUAGGGACACUAACAUCUACAGAACAGAUGUCUCGAAGGUUGGGGACAAAGAAUCUACAAACUGGUGAUGUGUACUUGACAAGACAUUCAAAUUUAGCUGAAGUCCAUGUUGUUUUCCAUAUGGUGGUAGACGAUUCCUUGAGAUCAAGUGACAUUAAUUCAAGACACCCUGUGAUUCUGGGGCUCCGGAAUAUAUUGAAAACAGCAUGUUCUAAUGAUAUAACUACACUUACUAUUCCAGUUCUUCUCAUGCAUGAGAUGACAGAGGAAAUGACAGUUGCAUGGUGUACAAAAAGAGCAGAGCUAGUUUUCAAAUGUGUGAAGGGGUUUAUGAUAGAAAUGGCAUCCUGGGGAGGCUCGGAACUGAAAAAUUUACAGUUUCUAGUACCAAAGGGUAUUUCAGAAGAAGUAUUCGGAACUCUGGCAACUAUGUUACCAAGCAUAUUUAGGGUUUCGAAUCCUCUGGUCUUCAAAGUAUCUUCAACACCCCACACACCGAAGAGCUCAUGACAAGUAGCAAAUGGAGAGAAUUACACCAAUGACAGAAUAUUUAUACAAAGCAAAACUUGUUUCAGGUUGUGCCAUAAAGUCACUGCUUCACUGUCUGCACACACAGCAUUACUGUUCAUUUUGAAUGUGGUGGUAUGUGGAGAAAUGUUGAUAAUGUGGAAAUCAUGUAUUUACUAAAUUCAAAGGAAAAAUAUCUAUGUAAUGGUAUUUCAGAUUUUGUGCCUUGUACAUGUACAUACAGCAUCAUUGAAAGAUACUAAAGGCGAACACCAAAUAUUUGAAUAGUGAUCGUUAAAUAUGUUGUACUCUUAAAAGUGGAUAUUACACUUAAUUAAAAACAAAAAAUAAUAGGAAUCUGAGAUCUGCUUUACACUUAAAAAGCCUUACUUAGAGAUUCUUUUGUAUUAAUCUCUCUCUCUCUCUCUCUCUCUCUCUC